CUUGCACCCUUCCUCACUCAAUAACUAGGAUAAACAUCGCCGUCAAUCUAACUCUGUAAGUUGCAGGGAUUCAGUAUUUGAGAUACCAUGUCGGAUGAUGAAAGGGAGGAGAAGGAGCUGGAUCUCUCUUCUUCUGAAGUCGUCACAAAAUACAAGAGCGCGGCUGAGAUCGUCAACAAGGCUUUGCAACUAGUUGUUUCAGAAUGUAAGCCGAAGGCCAAGAUUGUAGACUUAUGCGAGAAGGGGGAUGCAUUCAUUAGAGAGCAAACUGGUAACAUGUACAAGAACGUGAAGAGGAAGAUUGAGAAAGGCGUUGCGUUCCCAACUUGCAUAUCUGUGAACAAUACAGUCUGUCAUUUCUCACCCCUCGCCAGUGAUGAGACAGUGUUGGAAGAAGGUGAUAUGGUGAAAAUCGACAUGGGGUGCCAUAUAGAUGGGUUUAUUGCUGUUGUGGCACAUACGUUUGUUCUUCAGGAAGGGCCGGUUACAGGAAGGGCAGCUGAUGCCAUUGCAGCUGCUAAUACUGCUGCUGAAGUGGCCUUGAGGCUUGUAAGACCAGGGAAAAAGAACAAGGAUGUGACUGAUGCAAUUCAGAAGGUUGCUGCUGCUUAUGAUUGUAAAAUUGUUGAAGGUGUUCUUAGCCACCAAAUGAAGCAGUUUGUUAUAGACGGGAAUAAGGUUGUGCUGAGUGUGUCUAAUCCAGAAACAAGGGUCGAUGAUGCAGAGUUUGAAGAGAAUGAAGUUUAUGCUAUUGAUAUAGCAGCUAGCACUGGAGAAGGCAAGCCUAAGCUGCUGGAUGAGAAGCAGACAACUAUCUAUAAGAGGGCUGUUGACAAGAAUUAUCACUUGAAGAUGAAAGCAUCUAGGUUCAUUUUCAGUGAAAUAAGCCAAAAAUUUCCAAUUAUGCCGUUCACUGCCAGGGCUUUGGAAGAGAAAAGAGCUCGAUUGGGAUUGGUGGAAUGUAUGAACCACGAACUCUUGCAGCCGUAUCCUGUUCUUCAUGAAAAGCCUGGUGAUUUUGUUGCACACAUCAAAUUCACAGUCUUGCUGAUGCCCAAUGGAUCGGAUCGUAUCACCUCUCAUCCUCUCCAGGAAUUGCGGCCCACAAAGACAAUAGAUGAUCCUGAAAUCAAGGCAUGGCUAGCCUUGGGCACAAAAACAAAGAAGAAAGGUGGUGGAAAGAAAAAGAAAGGUAAAAAAGGUGACAAGGCAGAUGAGCCGGCAGGUGAGUCCAUGGAGGCAACAAAUGGUGCGGAGUCUCAAGAUUGAGUCUCUUCCUUUCCUUCUUUCCUCUCCCAUAUGACCUCUCAAUUUUGGUACAUUGUUCACCAAAUUGUAUUUGUUUGGAUAUGAGUUUAUUAGUAAUAGUGUUCAGAGUUUAGACAUCGAUUCUGAUGUUAACUUCUUUAUGCACAAUUCAGUUGUUCAUUCGUUGACCCAAAUGCCAUGCGCGCUUGAGCACGCUAUUUAACUGCAUGGUGUUGGAAAAAUACUUUGAUAGGUCUUUGAAGCUGAAAAUAGUUUCUGAUAUGAAUGCAUUAUGGAGACC